AAGGUGGCGGUAUUGCACUUCUAAACGGUCGUUUGCCACCGCCAUACAAGUGAAAGAAGAAGCGCCUCUUCCUCAUGACAGAAAACAGCCCGAAGGGUUCAGUACGCAGACAAAGCUUGUAGUGAAUCGGCGGAAGUUACGGGACCAAUCAAAUAUGAAGUGCAUGCAUCGUACGUACUAAUUUAGCUUUUUGUGUUUUGUGGAUUUUUUUUCUUUCGUGAUCUGCCUGCAUACUCGACUUAGCACGAGCCAGUGUUUUACUGAACCUCCUUAAUUUUCCUUUCCGUACAAAAUCAAAGCCACCGUGGUGCGGAAUACGUUUUGGUUGUGAAAAUCUCCGUCAGAGACACAUACGUCGUGUCAUGACGUCAUUAGUGGAUUAUGAUGAUUCUGACAGCGAGGAGUCCUUUCUUGGAAAGACUGACAUCGUGCUUGAGAGAGAAGAGGAAAGGCGGUGGCGCACAAGUUUUACAUCAGAUUCCGACCUCCACUACGACAAGGAACAAACAAAACGCUAUACAGCCCCCUCAUGUCGUCCUAGAGAACUUCUCUCUUCGAACUGGCAUCCUCAAAGAACAUCUGAAUAUACCCAACAACCAAUCAGCCCUCCUCUUCCAGCACUACACAAUUCAGUGGCUGGGAGUGCAAAAAGACCUCAGCCUACCCCAGACCUCAGUCUGAGACCGUACGUGUCAAAGAGACAGAAAGUGACCACACGGGUUGAGACAGCAGAGCUAAAUAAUGCAAGUUCAUUUAACUCACAGGCCACAAACUUGCAUCUUCUCUCAGAGGUGUCAGAGAGGGUACGUCCGUUCCUAGGCAGGAAAGACAAAAGAACAGGGUUGCCUAGAUACGUCCAACACCAUCUUCAGGCCCACCAGGGUCCAGUCAACACAGUGCAGUGGUGCCCAGUGCCUCAUCUCAGCCACCUGCUGCUCUCUGCCUCCAUGGACAAGACUUUCAAGGUUUGGGAUGGUGCAGCCAGUGGGCGGUGCCUUCGCACUUGUUCUGUACACUGUGGGGCUGUUCGAGAUGUUUGUUGGCUGCCAUGUGGACGACGCAUCUUAUCUGGCUCCUUUGAUAACAUGGCUGCCGUGACCGAUGUGGAGACAGGUCAGGUAGUUGCCAAGGUGGAGAACAAAUUUAAGGUGACUUGUCUUGCCUUUCAACCAUUGGAUCCCAGUAUUUUCCUAUGUGGUGGGUUCAGUUCUGAGGUCAAAGCAUGGGAUUCCCGAUCCUGCAAGGUGGUCAGCGUAUACAGGGCUGGGAUACAGCAGACACUGGACAUCUUAUUUCUGAGUGAAGGGAAAGAAUUUGUGACCAGCAGUGACGCAGUCAGUCGAGACUCUGCAGAUCGGACCCUUAUUGCUUGGGACUUUAGGACUACAGCCAAAGUCUCCAACCAGAUAUUCCACGAGAGAUACACCUGCCCCAGUUUGGCCCUGCACCCUCAGGAGGACUCCUUUGUUGCUCAAACCAAUGGGAACUACAUUGCAAUCUUCUCAGCCCAGAAGCCAUAUCACAUUAACAAGAGGAAGCGAUUUGAAGGACACAAGGUGGAAGGUUAUGCUGUGCGGUGUGAGAUGUCUUCAGAUGGAACAACGCUAGCUUCAGGUUGUUCUACAGGAUCCAUGCACUUCUAUGAUUGUCAGAGUGCACACAGCUUGCUAAGACUUCACGCUCAUCAGCAGGCAUGUGUGUGUGUGUCUUUGCACCCUGUACUACCUGCUGUAGUUGCCACAUGCGACUGGGGAGGAGAGAUCAAAAUAUGGAAUUAAGGAUAUCAUUUCCAUUUCUUGCAGAGGACAAUUCUAAGAUUGUAUUUCAAAGAUGAAUUAUUUUUAGCUGUCUUUGACUAUUUGUUAACAUAUAGAGUAUGUAUAAACCAGUAUAAGCAUUUACAGAUGUAAUGCGUCAAAGUAAAGUUUAACGUAAACCUCUCAAUGUACUUUUCAUUUACAAAAAGGCAGCAGUAGAGUUGGUGCAAUAUAGAAUUAACAUAUACUUAUACAACCAUAUAAAAUAAUUUAAUGAAGAGCAGUUUUAUUAUGCAAUGCAAAGUUAGCAUAUAGUGUCUGUGUGGUUUAUUCAUUUUUAAAACCAUUCUAGGUUUUGUCAGACUACAGCCUACCUAUAUUGCUGUGUUAGAUCAGUUCAGUGUCUUAGUUAAAGGCACCAGUUGAAUUUAUAUUUCAGUAGAUGCAUCUUCUGAGUUAAUGUUUUUUAUUAACUGUCCUUAUUAUAAAAGAAAAAAAAAUCACAUUUUUGUGAAUGUUAUUAUAGUAUUGUAUACACCAUUUAUAUAUCUGUGUGCAUUAUGUAAGUUCUAUGUGCAAACCUUUCUGCUAUUAUCAGAUAUGGACUGAGAAUCACAUUAAAAUGAGUUCCCAUUUAUGAA